GCUCUUAUUUUCCCUCUACUUCAACACUCGGCUCAGUGAAAGUGAAAGUGCGCAGAUCAGACCCGCACUAAGGAGAGAUUAGAUCAGACCCGCACAACAAAGACCGAUAAAACUGGAAACCUAAGUGCAAUGGAGAAUCCAGACAUGGAAGAGCCUCAGUGCUCUCAAGGUGCUGAGAAAGAAACCAUCCAGACUGAGCAAGUAAAAGCGAGUCGUCAUAAGAGGAAGUCUCCUUCACCAAGUCAACUUUCAAUGAAGAGUGAUGAUUCAAUGAUUCAACCAGUUCAUUUUACUUCAGGCAAAAGAGUUCAAAAGACUUCUCCAUCACCAGACCAACUUUCGAUGAAGGGCGAUGAUGACUCAAUGAUUCAACCAGUGCAUUUCGGUCAAGGAGAACAGCAGAAACACACCGGGAGGUCUCCUUCACCAAGUCAACUUUCAAUGAAGAGUGAUGAUUCAAUGAUUCAACCAGUUCAUUUUACUUCGGGCAAAAGAGUUCGAAAGGCUUCUUCAUCACCAGGCCAACUUUCAUUGAAGGGCGAUGAUGACUCAAUGAUUCAACCAGUGCAUUUCGGUCAAGAAGAACAGCAGGAACAAACCGGGUUUCGAAAGGUUUCGCCAUCUGAAGUUGUAACAACUGAAGUUAUAGCGACUGGUGAUGUGGAACCAAAUCUCUGCCAGGAACACUACAAGGUUUUGGAUAUGUUCUGCAAAACUGACCAGGCAGCUAUUUGUAAGGGGUGUGCAGUGAAGCAGCACAAAGAACAUGCAAAACAAUACAUCAAGAUAUCAACAGUUCCCAAUACUCUGAUCACACUACAGAACAUACUGGAUAGAAUGACAGCCUCAGAGUUUCGGGAGUUUAAAAGAAAUUUGGGUUAUGAAUACCCAGAGUGCUUUGAGACAUUGCCUAAUACUCGUAGCACUCGAAAGGAUAUUGCUGAGAGUAUGAUGGAAAGUUUCUCCGAAGAUGAAGUUCUGAAAGUCACAGUUAAUUUGGCCUCAAUUAAGCCAGUAUCCAGAUGUCAAGAAAAAAUAAAGGAAACACUACGGAGGAAAUUCUGGCAUGUUCAUGAAGGACUUGCCUUACCCAAGACACAAGUUGUGUUGUAUGACACUUACACAGAGCUCUAUAUCACUGAGGGUGGAAGUGAUGCAGUCAAAGCGGAACAUGAAGUGAGACUAAUUGAGAAAGUUGACAAAAAUUGUAGCAAUCAAGAAAACCCUGUUAACUUGACAGGCAUUUUUCGGUCACCGAGCGGUGAUGUCAGAACUGUUUUAACCAAAGGUAUCGCUGGAAUUGGAAAAACAAUUUCCGUUCAGAAGUUCAUGCUAGACUGGGCAGAGAACUCUGCCAAUCAAGACAUUGAUCUUAUAAUUCCUCUGUUUUUCCGCGAUCUUAACCUUGAGAAGGAACCCUGCAGUCUGAUAGAGCUUAUGCGGAAAUUUUUCUCCGAGCUCAAAGAAAUCGAAAGCUUCGAGAAUGGCAUUAAGAUUUUGCUCGUUUUGGAUGGUCUGGAUGAAUGUCGGAUCCACUUGGACUUUCAUAACACCAGGACAUGCUGCGAUAUAAUGGAGCCAAUAUCUAUGGAUGUCCUUUUGACAAAUUUAAUAAAAGGCAAUCUACUGCCCAAAUCUCUACUGUGGAUCACUUCUCGUCCAGCCGCGACCAAUCAGAUACCCUCAGAGUGUGUACAGCGGGUGACUGAAGUUAGAGGCUUCAGUGACCCACAGAAAGAAGAGUACUUUCACAAGAAAUGUAAGGACCCUCAUAUGGCCAACCUGAUGAUUAAGCAUGUGAAGUCAUCUCGAAGCAUGCACAUCAUGUGCCACAUCCCGAUCUUCUGCUGGAUUACAGCAACUGUCCUGGACAUACUGAUAAGAGACAGUGAAAUUGGUGAGAUUCCAAAAAAUCAGACUCAGUUGUACAUUCAUUAUUUACUCAUACAGACCGGUUUGAAGAACAGGAAGUACCAGAAAGCUAUUAACGGAGACCUGCGCAAGUUGACGCAAAGUGACAAAAGCAUGAUUUUAAACUUGGCCAAGUUAGCGUUCCAGGGAAUGACUAAAAACACUCUGAUCUUCUAUGAAGCAGACCUGAAGGACUGUGGGAUUGACAUCAAUGACGCAGCAGAAUUCUCAUCUCUGUGCACACAGUUGUUUAGAGAAGAGUUUGGAUUGUACAGAGAGCGAGUCUUCUGUUUCCUACACCUCAGCAUACAGGAGCAUUUGGCUGCCAUUUACGUUCUGAACCAGUGUUUGACUGAGGGCAUGAAUGUUCUUGCUUCGUCUGGUAGCCAAUCCACGAAGCAGAAUCAGAAGACCACGUUAACGAACUUGCUUAAGAGCGCAGUGAUUAAGGCUUUAGAAAACAAGUUCGGACAUUUUGACCAAUUUCUUCGAUUCUUUUUGGGACUUUCUACCGAGUGUAACAGACAGCUCCUACAAAAUCUUUUGCCUCAGAUUGGAAAAGAGUCCCUUGAGAAUGAUAAAAUUGUCCAAUUCAUCAAAGAUAAGAUUGCUGAGGAAGCCAGAACAGAGACAGAAACGAUUAACCUUAUCCAUUGUUUGAAAGAACUGGGUGACAUAGGUUUGGUGAACGAAAUUCAGGAGAGUUUGGAUUCUGGUACAAUCUGUGACAUGGAAUUAAAUCCAGUGCAAUGUUCAGUGCUGGCUUAUAUAAUACUGAUGUCAAAGGAUGUAAUGGAAGUCUUCGACCUGAAGAAAUACAAAACAACACAAGCAUCCAGUCGUCACAGAUUACUUCCGAUCGUCCGUGCGUCGAAGAAGGCAAUACUCUGUGACUGUGAACUCUCAAGAAACUCAUGCGAGAUUGUGGCAUCUGGACUCCGUAUAGCCAAUUCUCCUGUCAGAGAACUAGAUCUGAGCCACAACCCCAUAGGAAACGAUGGGUUUUUGGAUCUUUGCAAAGGACUGAAAAGCCCUCACUGUCAACUUGAGAUAUUGAGGCUUGAAGCCUGCGAGAUUACAGACAAGUCCUGUGCAAAUUUAGCGUUUGCAUUCAAGAGCACUCCAUCCAGCCUUCAAGAGUUAGACCUCUCUUCAAAUGAACUGACCGACGAAGGGGUGAUGAUGCUUGAACCGUGGUUGAAAAGUGAGAACUGUAAAGUGCAAAGACUGAGGCUAAAGCAAUGUCGCCUUACAAAGAGUUACUGCAAGCACCUCGCUGAAGUGUUGACUUCUUCCUCAACAAAGAAAAUUAAUCUGGAUCUGACAGGAAAUGACUUGGAAGAUUAGAAAGGUUUCAUGUUGAAUGAUAGAGAAAUGUCUGAUUCUGAAUUGUGUGACUUUUGUAAUUGGGAAAUAUUUACAUACUCACUGAAUAAUGUUAAUAAGUAGAUAACUAGAUAAGUAAAAAUGUACAUAAAUAUGAACACUAACAGUAAGCUUUUUUUUUUUUCCACUAAAAGCUUGGCAGCUUCUUGUAAGGUGACCGUGUCCAAUCUACAGUUUUGAUAGUGAAUGCAGGAGAUUUCAGACACGUUGAGGAAACAAAUCUUUUUUUCCACUAAACUCAUAAAAUCCGUUUUUUUAAUAUCUUAAGAUGUUCAAAUAGAUUUUGUAGUGAGGUUGUGGAGAUUUGUGUUCAUUCAGCUAUAAGGCUGUUAGGAAAGUCAGAUGCUGAUGUAGGUGAGAUGAGGACACCUGGGCUGAAGACAGUGUUUCAGUUCACCCCAAAGGAGUUUCAUAGGGUUGAGGUCAGUGCUCUAUAGCAGGACAUUCAAGAUCUUCCACUUCAUCCUAUGUAACUUAUAGUCAUCCUGGAGCAGGAUCUGUACACAGGGGCAGUGAUGAAUAGGUUUGGGUUCAAGUGAAGGGAAAAUGUAGUGCUACUACAUCCAAAAACAUCUUGUACAAUAUUCUGCUGCCAACUUUGUUGUAACAGUUUGGGGAAGAACCACAAAUGGCUGGAAAAGUCCGGUGUCCCAAUACUUUUGUCAAUAUAUUGUAGUGUAGCUCACCUAAUAGCACGGCACGGAAAACACUUCACUGAAGGCGAAUUUAUAAAGGAGUGUCUGAUUAAAGUUGCCACUAUAAUUUGCCCAGAAAAGAUGCAAUAUUUUAAAAACAUCAGUCUCUUAAGCAAACAGUUUUGCUCAUGAGGCUGUUCAAGACUCGUAUCUCUACUACACGACUUACUCCUGAAAUCCAGGGCACAUCACUGUUCACAUUAAUAAAGUUAAUAGUGAGUAAAAUAAUUAUUGAAAGCAAUAUAUUGUAAAGAUUUUUAGGUAAGAAAUGUAUAUAAUUGGGCAUAUAUAUAUAUAUAAAUAUA